AUGAUGUCACCUAGGCUGCGUGCACUGCAGGCAUCUAUGGAAGAAUCUCGAAACACCAGUCCUAGGAAAAACUCCAUCUCGUAUGAUUGCUUCAACUCGCAACCUCAUCUGAAAGGUCAUUUUUAUUCGGCCAAUCAGCUCUUUGCGCGGGGCGUCUGGAUUGGCUACCUGGCUCCGGACAGGCAAAGCCAAUCAUUCCGAGGGCUUCCCUCCUUUCACGACUUGAAGGCCAAUUACAAGAAGUUCACUCCUCCACACCCUCCUAUAGUAUCAGGGAGUCCUAGGGAGAAUCGCAACGCUGUCUGCCGAGGCUGUGCUAGGGAAGACUCAGCUGUUAUUGCCUUCAGCGAAGUGCAGUUCGGACCGAAGGUUAAGGUCGUUAUUAUGCCACUCGACGGCGACGACGACGCUGGGGUUUUUGCCAUCAUGCUACCUCAGACGAGUGACAGGUCUUUACAAGGUCUUCAAGCCUAUCGCCCCUACGAGAUCAGUGGAGGUGGUCUGGGAGACAAGUUCGCCAACAAUUUCAUGAUGCUCACACUUCGCAAUCCUGACAGCGAUGCUGGCACAUUAGAGACCGUGCUCUCAGUGUUGUCUCCGCAAGAGCGAGCUGACAUCGCCUCGAAGCUUAGGGGACUACCGGAACCAAGACAUCGUCUCUCUUCUACCCCCAAGCUAUCGAAAUCUACUGAUGAAGAUGCUGCACAUUCAGCACCGAAUGCCGCACCUCCAGCAUCGAAUGCCAUGGCAAAGAUAUCGGACGUGAUCGACGUUGUUCCCAAGGAUAGCAGUACAUGCCCUUCACAGUUGCAACCAGAACAACAACCGACACCACAACAAGAACCGACACCACAACCUGUGGCGGAGCCACAGCCAGAGCCGGAACCCCGAACCCAACCCCAACCCCAACCGCAGCCACAGAUACAUACACAGACUCAACGAACGUCAGAAACACCUGUCGACGAUGUCAAACAGCAUGCUCCAACGCCCGCGGAUACAUUCAAACCUCCGCCUCAAGCCAUCAAGCGCACAAACUCGACUAGCAUCAUCUCUCUUGAUUUGACCGACGAACAAGCCGAGCGCGUGUACUUUAUCUGGUCGGUCGAUGAUGAAGGCAUGGAAAUGGAUUUUAUUCAUACGCUGCGCGAAUGCAAGUCUUUUGGAGGCCUGCUCAGCCUGUUGGAGGAGGAAUCUGAGGACCUACCGUCUGCUGCGAGCAUAUUGGAGAAAACAAAAACCUGGAAACUGACAUACGAUCUUGGUGACGGUAUCAGCAAAGCGAUCGUAGCCCGCAAAGGCACGGAGACCGCAUUCGAUCGUCUACAGACUACACUUGCUCAAGCGUCUAUCUGGGCAGACAAUCCUCAAGCAAAAGUCGAUAUCGUACUCAAGUCUUUGAGCCGGCCAAACCCUGCUUGA